AUACUCAGCUUGCGCAGAAACGGAAUGGCGGAGGUCGGUGAAAAUAUAAGCGUAAGCGCAGCGGCGUUGGCCUAGUGGAGAGCGGACCAACUGCAGCCAUGAAGGCCCUCAGCAGUAGAAGCAGCGAUCAAAACAAGUCUUUGAGGAGUUUGAGCCAAAGCGUCGUUGCUCCAUGAAGAUGGCAGCACAGUCCCAAACUGCCAGUGAGCUGCCCUUGCAGGAGCUGCUGGCUUUGUGCGGUUAUACAGUAUCAGAUCCAGAGAAGGAGACGUGUCUCAUGGCUGCCAGCAUGCCGGAUAUGACGCUGGACAAGGAUCAGAUAACUGGGGAUUUCUAUCAUGGACACGAGGAAAACGAAGCAUCAGUUUAUGAACGCACCUCCAAAAGCUCAGAUCUGCUUUGCCACCUCCAGGGUGAAGAUAAAGCCACAUCAGUGAGCUCGUCAGAUGACGACUCUGAUGAUGCGUCUAUUCCCUCCAAUGAAGAGCACAAGGAGAUCAUGGUUGGUUCCAUGUAUCAAGCAAGAAUCCCUCCAAUAAGUCCAUACACAUACCAAGGGAAAGCCUACAGCAGCGAAGACCAGCUGCUGUGGAAGCCAGGGGUUCUGUCGGAGCAGGAAGUGGAGGAGUUCCUGCUGAAUGCACAGAGGCCUCGGGGCCCGGACGGAGUAGUGUGGACUCAAGAUCCCGCUGUCAAUGAUAAUGAACAGGCGCUGUAUGAAUUAGUGAAAUGCAACUUCAAUGCAGAGGAAGCACUGAGGCGAUUACAGUUCAAUGUGAAAGUGUUUAGCGAGGAGCUGUGUUGUUGGAGCGAGGAGGAGUGUAGAAACUUUGAGCACGGCUAUCGAGUUUAUGGGAAAAACUUCCACCUCAUUCAGGGUAAUAAGGUACGAACACGCUCCGUGGGCGAGUGUGUGGAGUAUUACUACAUGUGGAAGAAGUCUGAACGGCACAUGUACUUUACCCAACAGGCCACAAGGUUGAGCCGAAAAAAGUACAACCUCCAAUUAGAGAGCAUGGAAGAUGGAGACCAGGAUGGAGACGGUGGAGAUCUUGAUGCAAGCAAGACUUCCUCAGACUUGGUGUCGCACAGCACCAUGAGCUCUGUGCAGCUGGAGUCCCCGCUGCCUCCACACUCAAACCUGGACCUAAACAAACAAGAUGCUGAGCUGGUGAGUCUAUCAGAGCUGUGUGGAGACAGAUGUCCUCAGCGGCUGUUUGAGUGUCCCUUCUCUUUCCCGUCCGUGGAAGACCUGCGGGAUCCUGGCUCAGACGGCCGUCGUCCCUCAGCUCCAGUCCAGCUCCAGUCUCAAGCCUCUGCUCAGAGCUCACGGUGGGCCUGCGGGAACUCACCAUCCCACGACGACCGCGGCCUCCGAAACUCCUGCUUCUUCCAGCUCCGCAUGCAGGGCGGACCUUUUGCCUCUGAGGGCUCUGACUGUGGCACAGCGGGCGGUGGGGCCGAUGCCCCUCACAGGCUGCAGGUGGAAUUCAGCCUGCCGUCUGCCUCGCCGUCUUCUGCUCUUCUCUCGUCCCACUUUCAAGCAUUCGACGGCCUGCUGCACCCAUCACCUCUCCAGCAUCCUCACUCGCUCAUGCAGUGAGAGGACCUGGAAAAAAACGAACGGAGUAGUACUCUUCAUAAUUGACCACAACGAAACAUGAAUUUACCUAACUUAUUGAAAAAGGACAUGCCUACUUUGUUUGUUUGUGGGGGUGGGGGUAUCUGUCAAACUCAGACAUUUGGAUUCAGUCCAUUAUGAAAUCAGUGUUUUAAUUACUACUUUCAGGCAUGGAUCAUGUGUAUAUCCAUCAGUUUAUGACCACGGCUGCACCGGGACGGUCCUGGCUGCAUUGAUUGGCUGCAUUCAGGACAUUCUUGUUAAAGUACAGUUGAGUGACAAGAGCUGCUCUCCGUUGUUUCUAAAACAUAUUAAUGAGUCAUAAUAGCACCAUCUUUUCUUCCCAGGAAGGAAAGGUCUGGACUCACAUUUUUCCUACUUUCUUUACCCAUGUCUUUAGUUUUCCAACACCUUUGCUGCUCCAUGAUAAAAAAGACAAUAGAAAACAUCAGAUCUUUUUUACUUUACUCGUGGCUCCUUGGUCAUAUGUGACUCCUUCCUCUGCCCUAAGUAGCUGUUUGACAGACUUACAUUCAGAAAUUGAGUUUCAAUGUAAAAAAAACUCCCCUGAAAUUUACACAUUUUCUAAAGUUAAUUUGAAUGCGGAGCCACAUAAGAGCAAUUAAGUGCACAGCAUUUUUGUACAUUUCUUUUUGGGGGGGAGGGAUUUAAUUGAACUGUAUGAAGGUGCAGAGCUUCUUUGUGACUUUUAAUCACAAUAUCUAACCAUGAUGAAUUAAUCAUUUUAGAGUAACAAGAUGAAACGAAAGUUGGGAAUGUCGAGCACUUUCAGUGAAUUACUUAACUUGUUCUGCGAAUUAUGAGCGUGGGUCAUCCCUCUGAACAGAUAUCAUGUACUGCAUCCAGUGAGAACAGUGAUUCAUCAUUGCAGCUUCUUGGCUUCAGGCCAGUGGUGGAUGUGACGGUUCAAAGCUUUUCCUAAGGUGGAAGUUCAGACGUCUUCUGUUUGGCUUGAAGUUUUCUUCCGGGUUUCACCCUCUAGCUAAGGAAUGAAUCACCUUCUACUUCCUGCUCUGCUUGUUCUACUCUGUGUCUACUCCAGAAAGCAGGUGUACUAUAUAUGUUUGCUAUAAAACAUCUUUAACAUAUUUGAUUUCAAAUGAUGUUUCCGAGAAGAAAAAUAAUAAUGCUGAAGAAGUAGCAGUGACUUAACAUCCGGUCAGCAAAUAUGGAAGUAAAUAAGGUAAUAUUUAUAGUGUCACACUGGGAGAGGAGGUGUUAUUAGUUGAUAUUGUUAGCUUAUUUAUGCAGGCGUACUGUUUUAAACUUUAAUAUGCCUCCUGACUCGAGUAAUUUCACAUUCAUUUGUUCAUUUUUUUUAAUAUUUAUAUGACGGUGAAUGUUAAUGAAUCUCUUAUAGAGUAAGGAAAAAGGUCCUUGGAAGUAAAUUAUUUAGGCCCAUUUUCUGCCCCCCCUCCAAUCUGUCCUCGUUAAUGUUUUUGUCGUCUCUAUAAACGUUUGAACUCUCCCGGUGAUCCCUCUUUGAAUCCACGUCAGUUUCAGAUCAAUCUUUGGUCUUUGUUUACAGGAGGUUCCAGGCAAAACCACAAUGGCAAGAAACGGAGUAAAUGUCAAUGCCUUUUGUUUAUUCUUUAUGUUGACUUAUAUUUUUAGCAAUUUAUAUAUUGUAUUUCUUCCAUUAUGAUUAUUUGUAAUUAUUAUAUUUUGUAAACAAAAAGA